CCCCGUCCUCCGCCAUCUUGCCUCUCCCUGGCUGCCAGAAGCCGAGCGCGGAAGAGGAAGCGGUUCUGUGCGGGCUCAUCAGCGGUUCCGCCUGCGUACGGCUCGUCUCAUCCUCCUCCAGCCUCCAUCAUAAACCCAGCGCUUCUCCGACAGCAAAGACCCGGGGCAGAGAUGGCUGCACGGCUACCGGCGUGUGUGGUCGACUGCGGCACAGGUUACACCAAACUGGGAUACGCAGGAAACACGGAGCCGCAGUUCAUCGUUCCAUCAUGUAUCGCCAUCAAAGAGUCGGCCAAGGUGGGAGACCAGGCCCAGCGGAGGAUGAUGAAGGGGGUGGAUGACUUGGAUUUCUACAUCGGUGACGAAGCAGUCGACAAACCCACCUAUUCCACCAAGUGGCCCAUCCGCCAUGGAAUCGUGGAGGACUGGGACCUGAUGGAGCGCUUCAUGGAGCAGGUCAUCUUCAAGUACCUGAGGGCGGAGCCGGAGGACCACUACUUUCUCCUGACGGAGCCUCCUUUGAACACACCAGAGAACCGAGAGUACACAGCUGAGAUCAUGUUUGAGUCCUUCAACGUCCCGGGGCUUUACAUCGCCGUGCAGGCUGUGCUGGCCCUCGCAGCCUCAUGGACAUCCAGACAGGUUGGAGAACGGACGCUGACGGGCACCGUCAUCGACAGUGGAGAUGGUGUCACUCACGUCAUUCCUGUGGCUGAAGGGUAUGUGAUCGGCAGCUGCAUCAAGCACAUCCCCAUCGCAGGAAGAGACAUCACCUACUUCACCCAGCAGCUCCUCAGGGAGAGGGAGGUGGGCAUCCCUCCGGAGCAGUCCCUGGAGACGGCCAAGGCGGUGAAGGAACGCUUCAGCUACGUGUGUCCGGAUCUGGUUAAAGAGUUCAACAAGUACGACACGGACGGCUCCAAGUGGAUCAAGCAGUACACCGGCAUCAACGCCAUCAGCAAGAAGGAGUUCACCAUUGAUGUGGGCUAUGAGCGCUUCCUGGGGCCCGAGAUCUUCUUCCACCCAGAGUUUGCCAACCCGGACUUCACCCAGCCCAUCUCAGAGGUUGUGGACGAGGUCAUUCAGAACUGUCCGAUUGAUGUCAGACGUCCUCUCUACAAGAACGUUGUUUUGUCCGGAGGCUCCACCAUGUUCAGGGACUUUGGGCGGCGCCUGCAGAGAGACCUGAAGAGGAUGGUGGACGCUCGGUUGAAGCUCAGCGAGGAGCUGAGUGGAGGAAAACUCAAGCCCAAACCCAUCGACGUACAGGUCGUGACCCAUCAUAUGCAGAGAUAUGCUGUGUGGUUUGGUGGAUCAAUGCUGGCAUCGACUCCUGAGUUCUACCAGGUCUGUCACACCAAAAAGGACUACGAGGAGAUCGGACCGAGCAUCUGUCGCCACAACCCCGUGUUCGGAGUUAUGUCCUAACCCGUGGACCUGGCCGGAUUCUGACAGCGAAAGUCGGGUUUCAUGAGACCAGACCAAACAGAUGCGUUGGGAAUUUUAUUGUGAAAUUUCCUUUUGUUUCUUUUCUGUUUUUCUUCUGAAAAAAGGGAAAACUGUUUGCCAGCCAAACCUGGUUCUGUUGGACCUUCCAGCAACAUAUUUAUGUUAAUAGAUCAGGACUUCAGGCUCUGUUUUCCGUACAUAGAACAUAUUGUUGUUGAGUUUAUUUCCAGCUUCUCAUUUCUGCUCCAGCUCAUGUCUGUGGACCCGUUUAGAACUUGUUUAUAUUUCAUACUAAAGCUUUUUAUGUUUAAGUCUAUGAUUUUAAGCCGGUACCAGGAAGAACCUGCAGCAGCUUUUAUCGCACUGUUUAGUUCUGUCAGUUUGGUUCUGAUGUCACCUUUUAAGAUGCAGCUCAGAACAUUAUUGUUGGACAAUAAUGUUUAAAAUAAUAAAAAUCAUAUUGUUUAAAGGGUGAAUUAUGUAUUUAAUGCCUUGCAACAUUCCAAUAAAGGCUUCACGUUCUUUCUAA